GUUCUUUCCUCAAAUAUGAUUCUCCCAACACGUUUACCUAUAAAAACCUCACUGUUCAUAACUAUAGCAUCAUUUCAGUUAUUCUCCAUGAAUAACUUAACAUCUCGUAUCAUCAUGUUGUCCCUCUGUUGUCUUCUUGUUGCGGUUGCUUCAGUUUUUGCUGGUCCUGAAACCCAAAUUGUUGAAGGCACUACAGCAGCUGAUUGUGAAUUGCCAUCCAUCGUGUAUCUCAUACUUGUUGAGUCAGCUACCUCAAUUAAGGAUUGCGGAGGUACUCUGAUUGAUUCUACACACAUUUUGACAGCAGCUCACUGCGUACGUGGAAUUAGUCAAAUCUAUGCAGCUUAUGGAGUGAACAACGUACGGACUAUAGAGCGUAAGUCAGUAAAGGCAGUAAGCAAUGUUGUGGUGCACGAAGGAUACAUAAACGUUAGAUCUACAAUCAAGAAUGAUAUUGCCAUAUUGACACUUAACGAGUCACUAAGCGAAGGGAGAUGUGUCAAGUUUGCACCUAUGGCCAAUCAAGGAGAAAACUUUGGUACCUCAAGAUGUAUCGCUGCUGGAUGGGGAGAUUUAACCUAUAGAGGCAAAGGUUCUGAAAAUUUACAAAAAGUGGCCCUUCCAAUUGUUCCUUAUGAUGAAUGUAAAAAAAAGUCUAUAUUGACAAUUUCUGACGGAAUUCUUUGUGCUGGAGAUUUCGAGAAAGGCGGGCCAUCAACUUGUGAGGGUGACUCCGGCGGUCCACUUUACUGUCCAAGAUCAAACGGUCAAAUGGUCUUAGCAGGAAUAACCUCGUUUGGAUAUAAUUGUAAGAUGGAAAUCAGUGCUUUCAGUGAUGUCGGAUAUUUCCGAAACUGGAUCGACAGUCACCUGUAAAAAGUAAUUCAAUACAAAUAUAAACGUUUAACUAACAAAGAAAUAUCAGCAGAAUAUUAUUCACAAUGUACAAAUAAACUAAUGUGCGAGCGUGUGUGUGUGUGUGUGUGUGUCUGCAUAGCCUGUUGUGUUAUACGCAAUUCUGAAGAAUCUUAUUCAGCAUGAGUUAUGAAUUGUAACUCUGAAUAGCACAGGAAAAAAUAAUCAAUUGUUGCAUGAAUGAUUGCAUAAUGCUGCAAGAUUGAUUGUAUUAAACUUAUGACGAAACAAGUGUAAAAUAGAGGUAGCAAAAUAUGAUUUACUAUUCCAUUCAUUUUAUUUGUCAUUAUAUGAUAAUAAUAAUAAUAAUAAUAAUAAUAAUAAUAAUAAUAAUAAUAAUAUAAUAAUAAUAAUAAUAAUAAUAAUAAUAAU